AUGGCCAACGACGAAUAUGACUUCCUCUUCAAAGUGGUGCUUAUCGGAGACUCUGGUGUCGGUAAAUCCAACCUUUUGAGUCGUUUCACCCGCAAUGAAUUCAACCUGGACUCCAAGUCAACCAUCGGUGUGGAAUUCGCGACUCGGUCUAUUCAAGUCGACUCGAAAACUAUCAAGGCACAGAUCUGGGAUACUGCUGGUCAGGAGCGCUACCGUGCAAUCACCUCUGCCUACUACCGCGGCGCUGUCGGUGCCCUCCUCGUUUACGAUAUCAGCAAGCACCAAACCUACGAGAAUGUAACACGGUGGUUGAAGGAGCUGCGGGAUCACGCUGAUUCGAACAUCGUCAUCAUGCUUGUCGGUAACAAGAGCGAUUUGCGCCACCUUCGUGCAGUCCCCACAGAUGAGGCCAAGCAGUUUGCCAGCGAGAACAACCUUUCAUUCAUCGAGACAUCCGCCCUCGACGCCAGCAAUGUCGAGCUGGCCUUCCAGAACAUCCUCACAGAAAUUUACCGCAUUGUUUCCAGCAAGGCUCUGGACAACGGAGAAGGCGGCCAGCAGGUCCUCACUCGUGAGCCCGUUAUCAACCCGAGCAAGAACGACAAUGAGCAGAAGCAGGGCUGCUGUUAA